AUGGGCAUCCAAACGCACGUGGAGGACCUCGAACCGGUCAGCUGGGCCUUGAUGGCCCUCGCCAUUCUCUUGGUCAUCGUCAGGUUGACGAUCCGCUACACUGCCACACGCGAACUUCGUACUGAGGAUAUCAUGGUCGGCGCUGCUAUGUUGAUGGACAUUGGAGCGACUGUAGCCUUGGCACUGGCCGUACAACUCGGUGGACUUGGGAAGCACCGAGCCACCUUGACACAGCAGCAAAACGACGCUAGAACAAAGGCCAAUUACGCCCAACACCUCCUCUACAUCGCUGUCAUUGCAACCGCCAAGAUCUCCAUGACCAUCUUCUUCCGGCGGCUCGCUGUCAAGAAAAUCCACCACCGCAUAACCUGGGCCCUCGCCGUCGUCAUCGCCCUCUGGGCCAUCAGCGCCGAGCUCGUCGUAGCCUUCCAAUGCCCCAUGCCGCAUCCCUGGGACCCCACAGCGUAUCCCGCGGGCUCCUGCCUGCCCGAGAAGAUCUGGCUCUACGUGGUCGUCGUCGAUUGCCUGACCGAAGCGCUGAUCAUGGCGCUGCCCUUUUGGAUAAUCUGGAACGUGCGGAUCCCCCGGCGCAAGAAGUGGUUGAUACAGACGCUGUUCGCGUUCCGCAUCGUCGUCAUCGCCGCCAGUAUCACCCGCUACAUCGCCUCCCAAGCGCGAUCUACAUCCCCUUCCUCCUCCACCACCACCUCCUCCACCACCACCACCGCAAGAGCAGCGGCGCCGCCGCCGGCAGCACAGCCCGCCGCCCCCGCCGCCGCCCCCUUCGACACCUCCUACGACCAGACCGGCUACUGGCUGUGGACCGACCUGCACAGCACCAUCGCCAUCAUCGCCGCCUGCAUCCCCGCCCUCAAGCCCUUCCUCGAGUGGUCCGCCGGGCGCAUCGCGGGCACCAUGGCGGCUUCGUCGUCGGCGUCGGCGUCGGCAGCGGCGGCGUCGUCGUCGUUGUCCGGUGGCGGCCGGGCCGGAGGCGGCGGUUCCGGCUACUCCGCUUCGAGGUACGGCGGGUUUCGACGGUCCAAGUCGAAGACGAGGGGGUAUGGGUGCGGUGGGGAUGCGGGGCGCGAUGGUUAUGAGGGUGAUGAUGAUGGGGGGAAGGUGUAUCGGAUGAGAGCGUUCUCGGUGGGAGGGGGAGGAGGGGGAAGAGGAGGGAAAGUUGGGAGGAAGGAGACGAAGGGGUACCAUGAUGGUGUUGACAGCAUGGACAGGGUCGUGGUGGUGCAGGGUGGUGGUGAUGAUUAUCAUAUGAGGAGGGAAUGCAGCUGUGAGAGCGUGGCGGAGACGGAGGCGAGCGAGGCGGGCAUCAUUGCCGGUGCCGAACGCAAGGCGAAGUGGGAAGCGACGAGCUCCGAUGGUUGCCCUCACAUGUCGCCGACGAGGACGGCGGCAGAUUAUGACGUGGGUGGGGAAAGGGGGUUGCAUGCUUUGUAG